AACAAAUAUGGCGGCUGACCGCUCAAGAACUGCAAUUCGAGUGGUAGGCUACGCUGUAAUUUUCGAACCGAAAAGGGGUAUGAAUAACGUUUAGUGCUUUUAAAUUAUAUUUGGUGUGAUAGAAUUUAGCUAACAUAUUGCAUCAAAGCUUCCGUUUCCCAACAUACAUUUUAGUGUAGCCUGCCCUGAAGUGCAUUAGCUGCAUUUUAGAAUCUGGUUUCAAAAUUCUUUUUUUUUCUUUUUUCGUUUCCAAUGCCAAUAUCAAACAAAAUGUCAUGACCCUACAAAAGCUGUAGCCUAAAAACCAUUUACAUAUCAAUGUCUUUCUCCCGCCAUAGUCUCUAAGAAUAUGACCACCAUGGACACAAAACAGAUCACUCAUCAUGCUCUUCAAAUGGACAAAUUUAACAGGGCGGGUAACUAUGGCAACAUUAUGCCUCUCCUGACCGCCCUUGAUAAUGCCUGUGUGACUUGUGAGCAGCUGCAAGGCACAGACAUCGUCAGGGUCCUUUACAGACUCCUCAAAACCUGCUCAGACAAUUCAGUGAAAAAAACAGCCAAGCACCUGUUGUCAAAAUGGAAGAAACUCUACAGUCACCCCUAUCACAUCUCAAAGGAGAAUGGAAGUGAAGAAGAAUUCACUGUCAUUGGAGAGAGUAUGCUGGCUGAUAAAGCGUGUCUGGCAGACAGAGGUGGCCUAGCUGCUGGUGAUGCUAGUAAACCAGUGGAGUUGGGUGUGUCUUGUGAACAUGUGGUUUUUCAUACUGGGUCAGAGGACAGAACACUCACAAAUGGGACCAGGUGUGGGAGAGCUAAGGGAGAAGGGGUGUCAUCGUGGCAGGCAGCUGGUGAUUCGUCUUCGGGGUCAAUUUUGCCCACCCUCUCAAAGCAGUCAGAAACUCCUGCCACCACUUCCCUGGAUACCCCUCCCCUCUGUAAGGAUUCCUCUGAUUUGGGUUUGAGGACAAAGUGCAUCCAGCUCCUCCUUGGAGCCCUCGAUCCAGAAACUUCCAAGGAAGCAGAGGGGAAGACUGCAGAUCUGGCCCGUGUCAUAGAGGUGCACAUCCAUGCGCUGCACCGUGCAAACCAGGCCAAAUACAAGGCCUGCAUCAGGAGUAAGGUGGCCAACCUAAGGAACCCCAAAAACGGCCACCUUCGGUGUGGUCUCCUGGGCGGCAGCCUGGGGCCGGAAGUCUUCGCCGGGAUGUCUGUGGAGGAGAUGGCCAACGAGGAGCUCCAGCAGCUGAGGGAGGAGUACUCAUCGCGGGGGGUGAGCGAGAGGCAGCUACCCCAGGGGGUGGUGGGGACGCCCACCCAGAAGCUGCGGUGCAGGCGGUGCGAGGGGUCGGACUGCAGAGUGACACAGGUGUCCCGGGGCACUCUGUUUCUGCCAGCGUGGGUCCGCCAGGCCACCGCAGACCAGGAUGCCAUGACCUUUGUGACCUGUAGCAAGUGUGGGGAGCAGUGGUACCACAGCGGCUGGGUGUGCCUCUGAUAGGCCAUCCUGACCACACUACAUGUAAAAUGCCUGCUUUGUUUUUGUCGAGAUUCUGUUGAAAUGGCUUUACCCUAUCAAACUGAAUAAUGCCAUGUUUUAAUCACAGAAAUAAAGGGACAUUUUACCACAUGA